ACAAAAUUUAAAUUCACAAAUUAUUUAUAUUUAUCAUCUAGUAAUGGAAAAUUUUUUCGAUAAGAACGAAGAGUUGUUCAUUUUUCAACAGUCAAUUGAUUUAUCUACAAACAAUUACACAUGUUUUUUGAAUGAUUCAAAUUUUUUUUUAAAGAGAAAUUCACCGCAAUUAACAACCUUAAAACCUGUUUGGUCAGAAUUACGUCCUCUGAAAUAUGCAGUUGAAAAUGUGAAUUUUAUAUGGUGCUCCGAAUAUUCAAAUGAAAUAAUUGAAACUCUAAAGGAAGUGGAAAAGAAACGCAAAAUAAUUAAUUACGACUCUACUCAAAAACAAUUUAGAACAAGUUUGGUUCAAGUGAUAAAAUAUAGCGCUGAGAUUUUAACAUUAGGACGCACAACUGUUCAUUUAGCUGUUUAUCUUCUUGACGUUUUUAUGGAUACUUGUUUUAUACCUGAAACAAAACUGAAUGUAGUAGCUUUGACAUGCCUGCUUUUAGCUUCAAAAGUGGAAGAAAGGGAUUCUAAUGUUCCCAAGUUAGACAGAUUAAGAAAAAUUUGUAGAUCUAAUUCAAUUAAAGAAUUUAAAAAUGUGGAAGUAAAAUUAUUACAAUUUUUUGAAUGGUAUUUAUUAUUCCCUUCAGCUGCAACAUAUUUGGAAUACUAUGUCUCAAAUUUUUUGAAUAAAACAGAUAUGUUGCAAUUAUUAGAGAGCAACAAACGAAAUUUAACAAAUGAAAAUGAAAUUUUAAAUGAAGCGAGUUCACUCAUAUUUGCGUUUCUUGACUUAAUUUUGCAGGAUCAAAGUUUAGUUCAAGCAGUACCAUCCAUAACCGCUGCAGCAUGCUUGGCAGCUGUAAGAAAGUCUUUCGAACUAUCAAAAUGGAAUAACGACCUGUUUGUUAUGACUGGAUACAAAUUUUUAGAAAUUGAAAAGGUCUAUGAAAAUCUUUUGCAGCUAAAGAAAAAAAGAGAUUUUGAAGAAAUUUUAAAAAGGCCUUCUGACUCAUUGUUACAGAGUUCCGAUUCAGAAAUUGAAGAUGAUCAACUCUAUGUGAUACGGGACUUCAAGCGGAGAAAGCUAGAUUAACAGCAUUUAUCAGUAAAUGGAUAGGUAUGUAAACAUACAUAUGUACAUACUUUUUUCUAUAUGUGAUAUAAAAAACAUGUAUAUGUACUUACAUAAAUAUGUAUGUAUGUAUAUU